AUGCGAGUUACUGCCAUCUUGACGUUGGCAACCAUUGCCAUUGCCUCCCCUACGAAGGUCCUGAACAGCCGCAACGAGCUCGCACGUCGCCAGGCUACAGAGGGCUGCUCCAUCGGGUACUGCACCCAGAACGGCGGCACCACCGGUGGUGCUGCUGGUGACACUGUCACGGUCACCGACCUCGCUAGCUUGACUGAGGCUGCCGAAAGCGAGACUCCAUUGACGAUUAUCGUCUCUGGUAACAUCGAAGGCAGUGCCAAGAUCCGUGUUGCUUCGGACAAAACCAUCUACGGAGAAACUGGCAGCUCCAUAACCGGCGUCGGAUUCUAUAUCCGCCAGGUCAGCAAUGUCAUCAUGCGUAACCUCAAAAUCGGCCAGGUCCUUGCCGAUAAUGGCGACGCUAUCGGCAUUGACGAGUCCACCAACGUAUGGGUUGACCACUGCGAUCUCUCGGGAGAUCUCAGCGCCGGCAAGGACGACUUGGAUGGCCUUCUGGACAUCACUCACGCUGCUGAAUGGGUUACCGUUUCUAACACCUACCUUCACGACCACUGGAAAGCCUCACUGGUUGGACAUUCAGACAGCAACGCGGACGAGGACACGGGUCAUCUCCAUAUCACGUAUGCCAACAACUACUGGUAUAACAUCAACAGCCGUGCCCCGUCGAUCCGCUUUGGCACGGUCCACAUCAUCAACAACUACUGGGACAGCCUGCUCGGAACGGGCGUCAACUGCCGCAUGGAUGCUCAAGUAUUGAUUCAGAGCUCCGCAUUCUCGAACUGCCCCGACGAGGCCAUUUUCUUCGCUGACUCUGACUACACUGGCUACGCCGUUGUUGAUGAUGUCGACUUGGGUGGCUCUACUAACUCGGUUCCCGAAGGCACGCUGACUGCUUCGUCUCUGCCAUACGAUGCCAUCGAAGCGCUUGGCUCCGCCCAAAUUGCUGCCACCAUCCCAGAGACUGCAGGCCAGAAGUUGUAA